AGAGGAACAGGGCAAACCCCGACUUCCGGCGGCAUUUUGAGGCGAUCCUCCUAGCGGCCUGGUAGUGUUCUUUUUGUCUUUUCAUAUUCUACGGUUUUCGUUAUUUUUCUUCCUACGUACCAGUCUCGCCUGACCCUGGCGAGGCAGCAGUCGGGUUCUGCUUCUCGCCUGCCCCGGGAGCCCCUCGCUAGCCGAGGGCCGGUUCCCGGGAGCCGCGCGCGCACCUCCUCCUUGUCGUCCUCCCGGGGCCAGGCGCGGGGACAGAGAGUGGCCUCCCCCGCUCCUCGGAGCGGAGGCGGCGGUGGUGCCUCCGGACUGCGCUUGCGAAGGGAUUUUGAGGAGGAGUAGUACAAAAUGUCAAAAAUUAGAAGGAAGGUCACAGUGGAAAAUACCAAGACCAUAUCGGAUAGCACAUCCCGAAGACCCAGUGUAUUUGAGAGGCUUGGACCCAGCACUGGCAGUACAGCAGAGACACAGUGCCGUAACUGGCUGAAGACUGGCAACUGCCUCUAUGGAAACACAUGCAGAUUCGUACAUGGCCCUUCACCUCGUGGUAAAGGUUAUAGCAGCAAUUAUAGAAGGUCACCAGAAAGACCUACAGGGGAUCUUAGAGAAAGAAUGAAGAACAAGCGCCAAGAUGUGGACACUGAGCCCCAGAAAAGAAAUACAGAGGAGUCAUCCUCACCUGUUAGGAAAGAAUCUUCAAGAGGGAGACAUAGGGAAAAGGAAGACAUAAAAAUCACUAAGGAGAGAACUCCAGAAAGUGAAGAAGAAAAUGUAGAAUGGGAAACUAAUAGAGAUGAUUCUGACAAUGGAGAUAUUAAUUAUGAUUAUGUUCAUGAAUUGUCAUUGGAAAUGAAGCGUCAGAAGAUUCAGAGGGAAUUAAUGAAGCUGGAGCAAGAAAACAUGGAGAAGAGAGAAGAAAUUAUCAUUAAAAAGGAGGUUUCACCAGAUGUGCUUAGAUCAAAAUUGUCUCCAUCACCUUCUUUAAGAAAGUCUAGCAAAUCACCGAAGCGAAAAUCAAGCCCCAAGUCAUCUUCAGCUAGCAAGAAAGACAGGAAGACAUCUGCAGUGUCUUCUCCCCUGUUGGACCAGCAGAGGAAUUCAAAAAGCAACCAAAGUAAAAAGAAGGGACCACGCACUCCAAGUCCUCCCCUUCCUAUACCAGAAGAUAUUGCCCUUGGGAAAAAAUACAAAGAAAAGUAUAAAGUAAAAGACAGGAUAGAAGAAAAACCAAGAGAUGGAAAGGAAAGGGGGCGAGAUUUUGAAAGACAAAGAGAAAAAAGAGAUAAGCCAAGGUCUACUUCCCCAGCAGGACAGCAUCAUUCUCCUAUAUCUUCUAGGCAUCACUCAUCUUCCUCACAAUCAGGAUCAUCUAUUCAAAGACAUUCUCCUUCACCUCGUCGAAAAAGAACUCCUUCACCGUCUUAUCAGCGGACACUAACUCCACCUUUACGACGCUCUGCUUCUCCUUAUCCUUCACAUUCUUUGUCUUCUCCUCAGAGAAAGCAAAGUCCUCCAAGGCAUCGCUCCCCAAUGCGAGAGAAAGGGAGACAUGAUCAUGAACGAAGUUCACAGUCUCAUGAUCGGCGUCAUGAAAGGAGGGAAGAGACUAGAGGCAAACGGGAUAGAGAAAAGGAUACAAGAGAAGAACGAGAGUAUGAACAGGAUCAGAGCUCUUCUAGAGACCACAGAGAUGACAGAGAACCUCGAGAUGGUCGGGAUCGGAGAGACACCAGAGAUACUAGAGACCGAAGGGAAUUAAGAGACUCCAGAGACAUUCGGGACUCCAGGGAGAUGAGGGAUUAUAGCAGAGAUACCAAAGAGAGCCGUGAUCCCAGAGAUUCUCGGUCCACUCGUGAUGUCCAUGACUACAGGGAUCGUGACAGUCGAGAUACUCAUCGAAAGGAGGAUAUGUAUCUGGAAGAAUCCCGUAGUUAUGGCAGAAACCAUUUGAGAGAAGAAAGUUCUCGGACUGAAAUAAGAAAUGAUUCAAGAAAUGAGUCUCGAAGUGAAAUUAGAAAUGACCGGAUGGGCAGAAGUAGGGGGAGAGGUCCUGAGAUCCCUGAAAAGGGAAGUCGAGGCACGAGAGGUUCUCAAAUUGAGAGUCACAGUAGUAGCAACUAUCAUGACAGCUGGGAAACUCGAAGUAGCUAUCCUGAAAGAGACAGAUAUCCUGAAAGAGACAACAGAGAUCAGGCAAGGGAUUCUUCCUUUGAGAGAAGACCUGGAGAGAGAGACCGUCGUGACAACAGAGAGAGAGAUCAAAGACCAAGCUCACCAAUUCGACAUCAGGGAAGGAAUGACGAGCUUGAGCGUGAUGAAAGAAGAGAGGAACGAAGAGUAGACAGAGUGGAUGAUAGAAGAGAUGAAAGGGCUAGAGACAGAGAUCGGGAACGAGAGAGAGACAGGGAGCGGGAGAGAGAGAGGGAACGGGAACGGGAUCGGGAAAGAGAAAAAGAAAGAGAACUAGAAAGAGAGCGUGCUAGGGAACGGGAGAGAGAAAGAGAAAGAGAAAAAGAGAGAGACCGUGAAAGAGAUAGAGAUCGUGACCAUGAUCGAGAGCGGGAAAGAGAGAGGGAACGAGACAGGGAGAAAGAGCGGGAGCGAGAGAGAGAAGAAAGGGAGAGAGAGAGAGAACGAGAACGGGAGAGAGAAAGAGAGCGAGAACGGGAGCGAGAAAGAGCCAGAGAAAGGGAUAAAGAACGAGAACGUCAAAGGGAUUGGGAAGACAAAGACAAAGGACGAGAUGACCGCAGAGAAAAGCGAGAAGAUAUCCGAGAAGAUAGAAAUCCAAGAGAUGGACAUGAUGAGAGAAAAUCAAAGAAGCGCUACAGAAAUGAAGGGAGUCCCAGCCCUAGGCAGUCACCGAAGCGUCGGCGUGAACAUUCUCCUGAUAGUGAUGCCUACAACAGUGGGGAUGAUAAAAAUGAAAAACACAGACUCUUGAGCCAGGUUGUACGACCUCAAGAGUCUCGUUCUCUUAGUCCAUCACACCUCACAGAAGACAGGCAAGGUAGGUGGAAGGAGGAGGAUCGGAAACCAGAGAGGAAAGAGGGUUCAAGGCGCUAUGAAGAACAAGAACUCAAAGAGAAAGUUUCUUCUUUAGAUAAACAGAAAGAACAGAUGGAAAUCAUGGAAAGCUCAAGAACACGUGCACAGGACAUUAUAGGACACCACCAGUCUGAAGAUCGAGAUUUAUCUGAUCGAACUCAUGAUGAAAACAAGAAAAAAGCAAAAAUUCAAAAGAAACCUAUUAAGAAAAAGAAAGAGGAUGAUGUUGUAAUAGAGAGGUGUAGCACAGAGAUACCAUCUGAAGAUGGUCAAGUGUUUUCACCCAAAAAAGGACAGAAGAAGAAAAGUGUUGAAAAGAAACGUAAAAGAUCUAAAGGUGAUUCUGAUAUUUCUGAUGAAGAAGCAACCCAGCAAAGUAAGAAAAAAAGAGGCCCACGGACUCCCCCUAUAACAACCAAAGAGGAAUUAGUUGAAAUGUCAAAUGAUAAAGAUGGCUCUCUAGAGGAUACCCUGAAAAAAGAAGAUAUAGCAUUUAGUGACUGGUCUGAUGAGGAUGUGCCUGACCGCACAGAGGUUGUGGAAUCGGAGCAUGCUGCCAGCGCCGCUACUCCUGGUAGCACCCCUUCUCCUCUGUCGUCUCUUCUUCCUCCUCCACCUCCUGUGGCUACUGCCACCACUACGACUGCUCCUGCUACUCAUGCCACUGCUGCUACUGCUACCACCUCCUUCAACACAUCUGCCACCAUUUCCACCUCUGCCACCCCCACCAGUACCGCCAGUACUACUUUUGCCAGUGAAGACUCACAUAGAAAAUGCCACAGAACACGAGUGGAAAAAGUAGAGGCACCUCAUGUUACUAUAGAAGAUGCACCACAUCGCAAGCCAGUGGAUCAAAAGAGGAGUAGCAGCCUUGGGAGCAAUCGGAGUAAUCGUAGUCAUACAUCUGGCCGUCUACGCUCCCCGUCCAAUGAUUCUGCCCAUCGAAGUGGGGAUGAUCAAAGUGCUCGAAAGAGAGUACUACACAGUGGCUCGAGGGACAGAGAAAAAACAAAAAGCCUGGAAAUCACUGGAGAGAGAAAAUCUAGGAUUGAUCAGUUAAAGCGUGGAGAACCCAGUCGAAGUACUUCUUCAGAUCGCCAGGAUUCAAGAAGCCAUAGUUCAAGAAGAAGUUCUCCUGAGUCAGAUCGACAGGUCCAUUCUAGAUCUGGGUCAUUUGAUAGCAGAGAGAGGCUUCAAGAACGAGAUCGAUAUGAGCAUGAAAGAGAACGUGAGAGAGAGAGGAGAGACACAAGGCAGAGAGAAUGGGACCGAGAUGCUGAUAAAGACUGGGCACGGAACAGGGAUCGAGAUAGACUGCGAGAACGAGACAGAGAACGAGACAAAAGGAGAGACUUGGAUAGAGAAAGAGAGAGACUAAUUCCUGAUUCUCUUGAAAGGGACAGGGACAGAGACAGAGACAGAACUUUUGAGAGUUCUCAAAUAGAGGCCAUGAAACGCAGUGAAGCAAAACUGGAGAGUGAACAUGAGCGAGACCUAGAAGGCACUUCCCGAGACUCUGUAGCUUUGGAUAAAGAAAGAAUAGAUAAAGAUCUGGGAUCUCUGCAGGGAUUUGAAGAUAUAAAUAAAUGUGAGAGAACUGAGAGUUUGGAAGCAGGGGAUGACGAAUCCAAGUUAGAUGAUGCACAUUCAUUGGGCUCUGGUGCUGGAGAAGGAUAUGAGCCAAUCAGUGAUGAUGAACUAGAUGAAAUUCUGGCAGGUGAUGCAGAAAAAAGGGAGGACCAACAGGAUGAGGAGAAGAUGCCAGAUCCCUUAGAUGUGAUCGAUGUGGAUUGGUCUGGUCUUAUGCCAAAGCAUCCGAAAGAACCAAGAGAGCCUGGAGCUGCACUCUUGAAAUUCACACCUGGAGCUGUUAUGCUGAGAGUUGGGAUUUCUAAAAAGUUGGCAGGUUCUGAACUCUUUACCAAAGUCAAAGAAACAUGUCAGAAACUUUUAGAAAAACCCAAAGAUGCAGACAGUCUUUUUGAACAUGAAUUAGGGGCUCUCAACAUGGCUGCAUUACUGCGAAAAGAAGAAAGAGCAAGUCUCCUUAGUAAUCUUGGACCGUGUUGUAAGGCGUUAUGCUUCAGACGGGAUUCUGCAAUCCGAAAGCAGCUUGUUAAAAAUGAGAAGGGUACUGUAAAACAAGCUUACACAAAUGCUCCAAUGGUAGACAAUGAAUUAUUACGAUUGAGUCUUCGGUUGUUUAAGCGGAAGACUACUUGCCAUGCCCCAGGUCAUGAAAAGACUGAAGAUAAUAAACUUUCACAGUCCAGUGUCCAACAGGAACUGUGUGUGUCUUAAGAUUGAAGAUCAGUAUGACAUUUUUGGUACUAUCUUCCUUUAGCAGCGCAUAUUCUUUUUUUAAAGUUCUUUGGUUUGACAAGCAUUAUUAGUGACAAAGGCAAGAAAAAUUUAUCAGCCAUGCUGAGUGAAGAACUUUGAUCUUUAGAGACACUAGUUUUGGCUAACUUCAGAUUUUACAUCAAUUUUUACAUAGUACUUGAUACUCAUGCAAAAUAAUGUGAAAAUGAGUUUAUUCUGUACCUUUUGUUAAAACUGAAGACUUUGGAAAAUGAUUGUCACUGCGCUUCCAGCCUACGAAUAUUUUUUAUUAAGUGGAGCCAUUUAUUUAUGUUCUGGAUCAUCCAUACAGAAACCACGAUUUUAUUCAGAAACAAUGUGUUCAUCAAAAUAAUUGCACACAUUAUGCAGCACCAUGUUGUACAGAACAUUUGAAAGGGAAUGCUGGUCUAGCAUGGUGUGUUUGCGGGAAAAUCUCCAGCAGGAGAGAGACAGAAUAUUUUUUUUCCUUUUGAAAGUUUUAAAAAAUUACUUCAUGGGUCUUUGUUUUUUUAAAUGUGUAUGCAUUGUUACAGUGUACAGUGUAUAGUGUUUGGAUUCUAAAUGAUUUUUUUGUUUGUUAUCGAGGACUGCGUAUUGUUUUUAAUAAAUGUACCUUCCCUUUCCUUGUUCUAGAUUUCCUUUGCUCUUCAUUAAUCUUAUUCCUGAAGUUCUGAAACAUUUGUCAUUAACAGUAUAUGUUUUAUGCUUCAGAUAUUUUACUGCUUGUGCCCUUAUUAUUGGACAGCUGUAAGUAGCGGGGAAGAGUUGAGGCUAUACUUCAAACAUAGCCCAUCAGUAUUUGAAGCAAACCAAGAGUUAACAAACCUAGGUCACCUAAGAUUCAGUAUCCUACCAUCAUAUUUUUCAGAGAUAUAACCUUUGAUUACAUUAAACUGCCUCUAGCCUUACUAUGUGAUACAGAUUUACUUUUUAAAAAUAUAUAUGCAUGUUUAGCUCAUGGAGUGGACUCUUAGAAGGAUUUGAAAUGAACUGCCAGCUGCAGAAUUUGUGAGCAGACCAUAGUAGUAGUAGUAAUAAUAAAGGAAACCAAUCAAAAUUCUGAUUUGAAUGUGACUCCCACAGGUUUUUGUUAAAACUAUAAGCCUAUGUUACUUGUUUUUAGUAGUUUUGUAUCCUCUUCUCUAAAGGUAACAUAAUGACACUGGUGUAAAGUUUCUGUUCAUUUCAAGAAAGGUUUAUUGAGUGGUUAAUUUGUACAAGAUGCUUAUCCAGCAAAGGAAAUGAUCUUAUUUUCAGAUGACUUUGGUGUGUGGUUUUUCAAAUACUUUAAACAAAGUGGGGGGUGAGGGGAACCAAAUGAUAAAAUUUUCCUGGUAUCUUUUUCCUUUACUGAAUGUUUUGAAUAAAGAAAAAAGAAAAGAAAAUUCUUUAUGACCCCAAAAAAUGAAUGCCCUUUAGGAAACCAUUUCCUAAUCAUAGUGGAUAAUUGUUCUUUGUAGCAUAAAGAUUUAAGUCCUGGAACUUCUAACUCCUAUUUUCCAGAAUUGUAGAAUAUGACAGAAAUGGUUUCCUUAUUUGUCCUCUGACUUUAGGAGAGGUCACUAGUUAAUUAUUUAUAGAAUGAAAACUAUGUCGUUAAAUCUGCCAUUUAAUUAAACUUAUUGCCCUUUUAGUUUGGAGUAUCUUUUUGUUAUGUUGCAAAAGAAAUUUUUAGGACUAUUCCUUUGUUCACUUAGUCACAGAUUUCAGAGCUUUAUGUUUCAAGUGGAAAUGUACUGAUGAGUCUCAUUUUUUUUAUGCAUUAGUGACCAUAUACCUAUAACAUUCUUCCAAAGAAAAAUUUUUUGUUGAAUUUUCCAUAAAGCUCAUGGACCGUAAUUAAAGUCUCAAUUAAACCAAUAUUCCUGGAAACAUCCUCCAGGGUAUAAACUAUUUGCUAGUACAAUUAAAGGUCUUCUAUCUCAUAACUGAUGGAACAAAUUUGUCCAUUUGCCAUAAUUGCACAACUGGAUUCCAGCUGCCGGUAAUACAGUAGAGAAGGGGCAAGAGUAUGUCUGGAAUGUAUAAUAAAAGAGAUUGUUAACUCAUAAUUAGAUAAUUAGCUGUUUAUUUUGGCAGCAAUCCUCACCAUUUAGUAAAGGGUUCUACUGAUAAUACCUAACUUUUUAUUUCACAAAAUGUUGUAAGUAUACCUAAGUAAUAACUUAAUACAUUGAAAAUUCUGACCUGUCACUUCUCUUUAACCAGUAAAUGCAGAUUAUCUUCCCUGUCCUACUUCACGCUACAUUAGGAUUUUAUGACUUAUUAGCUUGGAAAUUUAUGGCAUUGAUAGAAUAUCCCACUUUGUUUCUUACUGUCCAAUUGUGUAAAGCUUAAGGUAUAUACUAACUCUACUGAUGCUUUUAAACCUCAGAAAAAAGAGGCGGCCACACACUGGUGGCAGGGCCCACAACUCCAACUCCAAAAGCACUGCUGCAGCAGUGGCCACCGUGGCUGCCUGGGCUCCAGAGAGGCUGGACCUGGCUCGGGCAGACAGUCUGGGCUGGGACUCAGGUUUGGGUGACCAGGAGGUGCCGGUGGCCUUGCUAGGGCCUGGUGAUUUACAAGAUUAAAAUUAACUUAGUUGCUGAUGGUUCUAAACAAAUACAGUUUUUUUAUUUGAGGUAUGACAUUUUGAAGACUGAGACACUGGAGUUUUAUCCUCGAGGAUAAAGGAAAUCUUUGGGAAAGUCUGUAUUUUAUAUAACAGAAAUGUGAACUCCCAGACUGAAUGCUCAAAAAAGCCUGUACAGAGUGGAAGCAUUUACACCUACUCAGCUUGAAGAGUCUCAAAUGGACCCUACUACCAAGAAAUCAAGAUGGCAAUCCACUAUGGGGAUUUGAGGAAAAUGGAUUAAUACAAGAGUCCUGUGAUAACAUACAACCAAGACAGGGUUCUUUUAACAUGGAUUCCAUGAAAUGAAUGAAGACAUAGGUUUCUUAUCCAACACAGAAGGACAGUGCAUUUGACUUUCUAAAGACUUUUUUGUGUCAUUAAAACAAGUACAUUUUUGACAUUUGGAGAAGAAAGAUGGCACGUUAUCACAGAUAAUGGUUUGUAUGCCUGGAAUUUUUUACAGUUUGUUUUGUAUGACUUUGUGGAAUGUUAACUUUAAUAAAAUCUCUAACAUUAAAAAAAAAAAAAUACAACCACCA